AUUAUAUAUUUUUAAAACUCAUCUCGAUUUUAUAUUUAAACAUAUCUAAAAAUCUAGAAGAUUUAGAAAAGAUCUAUGACCAGCAUUGUAACCCAAACAAGUUUAUUUCUGACACGUGCAAGGACUCUUUUUCUUAGAAUCGGCAAGACCGUAGUUAUAAAUAGAUCUUUAUCUAGUAUAUCUAGAUACAGUGUAUGUGUAUUAAAGACAGAGAAACAACAUAGGUCUACUACUAUCAGUAGUUCAGCUCAGCAGUUCAAAAUAUUUACACCACCUCCAAACAUGACUGGAGAGAAAAGUAAAGAGACUGAUGGUAAAGGGAGGUCAAGUGACAGCACUAAAACUGCCCCUGAAGUGAAGGAAUCAAAUGAGGGUGGUGAGAAGGAUCAAAGUGUUCCAGUCAAAGAUGUCAAGUCAAAGGGUGAAUCUAAAACAUCAUCCAAAUCUUCUAAACUACAGCCGCAGGAAGGGACAACAAAAAAGGCUGAGGAUAAAUCCAACAGAAAAAGGCCACACAGCCCAACACAAAAGUUAACUAAAAAGGAAUCUCUAGAGAGUCCAAAUAAAAAACCUAAACUUGAAGACACAAAGAAAUUGACGGCUACAAAAGGCAAAGUAUCAAAACCAAAAAGUGGAAAAGACAAACAAGAGCAAGAUGAUCUAGAGGAAGAUUCAACUGAAACAGAUGGUCACGAGGCCUCUGGAGGUGAAGAAAAAGAUUUUAUUCUGAGAGUCAACAAAAAAAGAGAGGCUGUCUGCGCUGAUGUGUCUAAAUUUAAAUUCAAUAAGAAGCGUGUUCGGGUUUUGUCCAAAGCUGAGGAAUGUCCAGACGGCUCCAAUGGGAUUCUGUACUGGAUGUCACGUGAUCAGAGGGUUCAAGAGCUUUCCUGCUACUGUUGUCUGACCGUUGACCUUUCUAUUUCAGACAACUGGGCCCUCCUCUAUGCCCAGAGGCUAGCAAUUAAGCUUGAAGUUCCUCUUCAUGUCUGCUUCUGUUUGGUUCCCAAAUUCCUUGAGGCUACCAUUCGCCAGUUUGGGUUUAUGCUAAAAGGUUUAGCCCUUGUUGAAAAGGAGUGUCAAAAUCUGGGCAUACCCUUCCAUCUGUUGAUAGGGGAGGCAAGCCAUACUGUUCCACCAUUACUUAAGAAACUCAACAUAGGAGGGGUGGUUACAGAUUUUUCUCCCCUUCGAGUGCCAAUGAAAUGGGUAAAUGACCUGAAGACCAGUUUACCUAAAGACAUACCUUUCUGCCAGGUAGACGCCCACAACAUUGUUCCCUGCUGGGAGGCUUCCCCUAAACUGGAGUACGGGGCCAGAACAAUCCGCAGUAAGAUAAACAACAAGCUUGGAGAGUAUCUGACAGAGUUUCCUCCAGUUGUCAAACACCCACAUCCUUCAGCAGAGAAGAGUUCUGCAACUGAUUGGGAAAAAGCAGACAGCUAUCUUGAAGUGGACAGGACAGUGAAGGAGGUGGCGUGGGCCCAGCCUGGUACUGAAGCUGGUCUUAGGAUGCUGGAAUCUUUCUGUGAAAAACGUCUCAAAUAUUUCUCUAGUGAUCGGAAUGACCCCAACAAGGAGGCGCUGAGUAACUUGUCUCCUUGGUUCCACUUUGGUCAGCUGUCAGUCCAGCGCAGCAUCCUGAUGGUGAAGCUGUACCGCAGCAAAUCUAGCGACAGCGUCAACGCUUUCAUUGAAGAGGCUGUGGUCAGACGAGAACUGUCAGACAACUUUUGUUUCUACAACCCAGACUACGACUCAUUUAAAGUUAAAAACCUGGAUUUUUUUACAGGAACAAAUGACUGGGCCAAGAAAAGUCUGGACUUACAUAGAAAAGAUAAGAGAGAAUACAUUUACACAAGAGAGCAACUGGAGAACAGCAAAACUCAUGAUGAUCUAUGGAAUGCUGCACAGCGCCAGCUAGUGGUGGAAGGAAAGAUGCAUGGCUUUCUUCGAAUGUACUGGGCCAAGAAAAUUUUAGAAUGGACCAAGUCACCAGAGGAGGCUUUAGCUGAAGCCAUUUUUCUAAAUGAUAAAUACAACAUUGAUGGGCGAGACCCUAAUGGCUAUGUGGGCUGUAUGUGGUCAGUGUGUGGUAUACAUGACCAAGGGUGGGCGGAGCGUCCAGUGUUUGGCAAGAUCCGCUACAUGAACUACCAGGGCUGCAAGAGGAAGUUUGAUGUGCCAGCUUUUGUCAGGAAGUACAACAAAAAACUGGCCUGAUUGUCUCACAGCAAAUCUUGUCACAAGAAUUUUGUCUCUCUUGGAGGUUUAUCAAUACUCACACUUCAUGUCUGAUUGAUUAAUAUUUUAAUUGGAAGUUUAUCUGAUGUAUGUAAAUUUGUACAUACAUAUUAAUUAUUAUGAUGUGGUUCAAUGUAAGUUCACUCAGCCUAGUAUAAAAAUAAUAAAAUCUUGCUUUGCCUGUACACUGACUGAAUAAAGUUGCCUAGCAACUGUGUACAUUCGCCUUUUCCAAAUUUUGGAGUUAGAAAGUUCUUUCCCAUGCCUGAGUAGCCUCCCUUUUUUGAUGAGCAGGAACUAAAUUUUUAAGAAGGUGUUGGCCACUUAACUAGAUAGAAACUGGUCACCAAAUGUACAUGACAGAUGUAUGUAAAAACUUAAGCCUCUUGGUCAUGUUGUUUACACGACUGGUUACCCAGUACCUAAUGACAAGUCACUCUGUUACCCAGUACCUUAUGACAAGUUACCCUGUACCUGAUGACAAGUUACCCUGUACCUGAUGACAAGUUACCCAGUACCUGAUGACAAGUUACCCUGUACCUAAUGACAAGUUACCCUGUACC